AUGGUUCCACAUCUAGAUAGUCAGCAAGCUCACUCAGAACCCCUCCUGCGAGAAACAAGCAGAGGAAAAAUAAAGGGCCAUUUUCAACAUGCCCACUCCGAUCCCCGGCUUCCUCCUCCCCCGAGGACCCCCUCAGCGCUGACUCUGCGCGCCCUCCAACGCCAAAGCGCGCGACGCAGUUUCACCUCCACCAGCGCCGCAUUGAAGAAAGCCAACGCUAGUACUAAGCCCCGCGUCCUCGCCAAACCCGACCGAUUCCGCCCACCCUCGCACCCCCAGCGCUAUGUAGCCCCAUCCCCGAAGAGCGCACCUCCGGGGCAACCCUUCGAGUAUGGCCCGCGCACCACCGAGAAAGAGCGCAUCCAGCAGACCAAGACGCAGUACCCGAACAUGUUCCCGCCUGAGGGGACAGUGAUGUUCAAGUUCCUGACGAGCAAGUGGAUCCAUAUCUGGAUUGCGAUGAGCGUGCUCAUCUCCUGCGCGGGAUUCACCUUCACCACAAACUUCAAAGCAACCUCGCCCUUCGCACACCUGCUGCCUUCCUGGUCAGGUCUGUUGACGUCGCCUAUCGACACGAUCUCGCAGGCGUUCGCGGUCUGGCGUAUGCAUGUGCAGCACAACUCGAUGCGUGUGCGCGAGCAGCGUCAUCGCCGUAUCGAGGAUGCGGAGAAGCGCAAGCAGUAUCGUAUUGCGCAUGGACUUGAGGAGGCGGAGCAGGAGAAGAAGGAUGUUGAGAUUGAUACGCAGUCGCCUGUUGCUGUCGAGGGCAAGGAGGGUACGCCGGAGUUUGUUGAUUGGGAGGGAAAUAGGAAGCCUGUUAAGAAGUGGUUGGGUAUUUGGUGA